GGGUGCACUCGCUGAGGUAUCGAUAUUUCGUUUUACGUCAGCCCUAGUUCCACCCCUAGUUCGAUCGAGCUCCAAUUGGACAGAUUCUCCCGCUCGAAUUUAAUUAAUUCAGCACAUAUAAACAAAUUCUCUCCAAAUGUUUGUGCCCGAAACGGAGGAUAUGCUGCCCAGAUUAGCGCCCAGACCGAGUGCAGCCGUGCCCAUGGGCCACACCAAUGAUAUCAUAGGGCCCACCGUGCCGGAGGUGUCCAUAUUGUUUGGCCAGCCGCCACAGGAUCCGCAGAUGCAGGCGCAGCAGCCACAUCAGGAGUCAUCUCCUCGUGCUGCACCCACCUUUGCGUCCUGGAAGAAGCAAAUGCUGCCCAGGGUCAACUUUUCGCCAAUUCUGGCCACGGAACUUGGACCACGCACCACUCCAAGCAGCAAUAGCCCGUGCUCCUCAAAGGAAUACCUGGUCAUGUCCCGGGAUCGCCACUACGCAAACGAUGUGCAGCAGACUACCAAUCAUAUGAACUGCAAUACUGGGGGGUAUAAUGCUGAGCCCAAGCAACCGGUCUAUCAAUCUAGGCGCUUGUCCAGCUCGUCCAACGCUGAUGUCCUCACCAUCUGUGCUGGCACACAGACCGAUCCCUUCAACCCAUCUCCUCCGCGAAACUCACUGCCCCAGGUCGUCUACUCCGAUAUCGACGUCAGCAACCUGGCCAAUAAAAGUGACCUGGCAGCUCUGGUAUCCCUUGUGGAGUCCAUGCGCCAUGAGCAGCAACAGCUUAGGAAUCUCUGCGAGACGCUUUUGGAGCAACAGCAGCGAGCGACACCCGAAGGCAUCUCAAAAGCCAGCAGAACCACUGCCAGCCAGUGCGAUAUUUUGACUACCAAUAAUGCAGGUAGACGCUUAUCACCGAUUAUGCAGGAUUACAUAGCAGAGGAGGCGGAUCCAGUGCCAUCGCCACAAGCUCGAGUGAUUCCGCAAUUUCCGUCUCCCCGACCAAAUCCACCAAUGGCCCAAUCUACGGGUUAUCGUGCCAAUACGCCUCAGGCCAAGCGAAUCCCUCAACUGGCCAAGCCAAACACCGAAAAGAGCCUGGUGAUGAACGAGCUGGCGCUGAAGUACUUGCGCCAACCCGUGGAUGAGCUGAUGAAGGAUAUGCGCUUGGGGUCCUCGCCCAAGUCCCCCAAUCCUGAGCCCCUGCGUCAGAUCGACAACAUCGGCCACUCGCAGAGCCCCAACGACAUUUCCAAUGCAUCGUACAAGUAUCUCAAAAAAUACCGCCUGCUGCCCGAGGAGCAACUGGGGCAGGUGACUCCCCAAUCCCCCAUGGCGGCGACUGCCUCCUCGCCACAUAUUCAACUGGAUUUGGAGAACAUCAGGAACCAGCCGAAGCUGUUGUGAAAGCAUGUCUAAUGUUAGGUUUUGUUAUUUAUGCAUAUGUCUAUUUGCGAUUUAAGUGGAAAUAUAUUUCAAUACACGG